UAUAGGGGGUGGACGUUCAAACAGUUCGUUAAUAAUUGUUGCUUUUCGUGUUAUCUUUUAUUAAAAGUAUACCAUCAGAAGGAUUAUUUACAGUUGCAAGUUGGUGUUUGACGAUGAUCCACGUGCAAUCUAGUGUAAACUGUUGGUGGUAGGAGAGAGCUGUUUUUGUUUUUCAUCGAAGAAAACAGAAAACCCCGCAAAGAUCAAAAAACAAAAUGAGCGAGUUGUACGAAAAGUACAAGAGCCAGUUGAGCGGCAAGUGUACGACGUCGCAGCUGAAAAGCUUUGUCCAGGAAGCCGACACGAACGAGCUCUGUCAGAUGGUGAUUUCUGUGCUGCACACCAAUGAGGCACCAAAGAUGCUGGACAAACUGAUGCUGGGCUUUGCCGAGCAGAGCGGCAGGAGGAGCAACGACAAGAGGUUCAAGAUUGUCAGCAGGGUCUUUGAGGCACUUGGCAAGGCUCGGGUCACCAUUAAGCAAGCCGAGACCAUUGUCAACAGAAUUGUCGUCGACUUUCCUGUGUACGAGAGGAUGCACCUGGUUAAACUGGUUGACUAUUUUGUUGCUAGGAUUCGCAAUAAUGAUGAUGAUUUCAUGAGUUGGAAGGAUGUGAUACCUUUGCUUUUGGAGAGGCUCGAGGAGGAAAAGUCUAUGGAUCACAGAGGCACAAACGUCACGGGGAAAGAGUACAAAGCUAUCAUCAUUCGCAUUAUCUAUGAACUUGACUGGGAUAUAAAAAUCUUGACUCCUCUGGCCAAGAUGUUUGUGGAAAUUUCAACAGAUAUAAGGGACAAGGUGGACAAAAAAAUAAGCGAGGCAAUCAUGAAAGCUUUCACGAGUAAACUGAUGUUGGUGGAACCUGAUGAACUGCCUCACUUGGCCAAUCAAUUGCUCAAACUAGCCUCUGAAAACAACAGUACUUUGUUGUUUGCCUCGUUGGGUAAAUACUUUUCCCAAAAUUACAAUUCUGUUGCCGAUGAGACAAACGACCAAGAAGACUCGGAAUCGAUAAUAUCCGGAAAAGUACCAUUGAAAGAACUACAGGAGUGUGAAAGCAAUGUGCUGUACUACAUUUACGAUUCAGCCGUCGACAACACCAAGGGAUCUACCGAGUACAUGCAGUGUCUCAAGUCCAUUGUCAAUGCGCCUGAGUACAUAUUGGAGUCUUUUGUGAUGUCAGUGCUACUGCUCCUUUCGAACCUGUACGAGGAUCAAGCUCUCCAAAUCUUGAAAGCUGCAUUCGCACGACAAGUCCAGGAGAAGGAAAACCAGGGCAACUGUGCUUGGUUACGACAAAUAUCGUCAAAUGACAAAAAAAUCAUGGACACCAUCGACCAUGUUAUCGAAAACAGCAAUAGAGAUAGACCGCUAAUACUCAAAGGUAUGGUGGACUUUGCAUUUGUGCUGUUGAGCAUCGAGCGUAAAGCCGGUGCAGAGGAACAUCCGCCAUGGGAGUACGGAUGCAAGAUACUCCAAAAAAUAGCGAAAAGGAGGGGUGACGCGGGCGGCACGAUUCUUCAAACCCUCGUCGAUAAGAUCGUUUGUGCUGGCACGAACGUCGUCCAAUACACAGACUGUCUCGGAUACAUGUGCCGCAAUCUCACGAUGACUGUGAUAGAGCACCGCGUGUGGAUAAAUUCCUUGAUGGAGCAGCUCCUCGUGAUCCCGGGCUUGGCCGCAGCGCAGGUCUUGCGAGCCAUUUUGCCGUUGAUGCGCAUAUCCGGCACCAUUCGCGACAGUUUGAUCAUGAUAUUGCGAAAAGCACUGUACCGCAAGGGUACGGAAACGAGACGCAUGGCCGUGCUCGGCUUCCUCCAGCUGCUCAAGAAUCUCAAGCUGCAGUCCCUGACGCUGCUCAGCCAGUCGCAAUCGCUGUCCUCCUCCAACAUUGCCUCGUCGGCGUCGAUUUUCACUCAGGCGUCUUGCGAGGGAUCGCGCAGAGCUUCCUCGAAUCCGUGGCACAACACGACAUUGUGCCGCGAAAUCCUGUCCAUCCUCAGCAAGUGUUUUACGCACGAAAUCGAAGUCCGAUCUCACCUGUAUCGAGAGCUCUACUUUGGCAUCGUCAAAAACGAGGAGCUGACCGAGUACGUAAUCGAGAUGCUGCUCGAGCACUUCUCAAAGUAUUACGAAAAGGACGAGGAGAUCCUGCCGCCAGUUGUGUUCGAGAAGUGCUGCAACAGCCAAAACAUCGAAGUCGUGCUCGAGGAGACUGCGGCGGAUUUGGUGUUUGCUCUGCAAAAGAUUUACCUCAAAGUGGCUUUGAAAGAAUCGGUACACGUCGACAAGCUUGCCCACUUGCUCGAGUCGCUGUGCAAACGCAUGGCUCGAACUGACGUGGAACACCUGGGCAUCGAUGACGAUGUUGACCUGCUGGAUGGAAUGCCGAAAUCCCAGCUGAAGCUGCUCAACGUUAAACAAGCCCUCUCGAUGUACGAGGCGCUUCUAGCUUUUCGCAUCGGGUCGUGGUCGUCGGAGAGUGACUCCGAAGUGGGUUACAACGUGCUGGGCCUGUUCAAAGCGUACUCCAGGCUUUUGGAGUUUGCGCGAAAAAUUGGGAAAUCGAAGAAGGGCAAGGGCAAAAAGGACAAGGACAAGAAUGACACGACGAUGGCCGGCCUAGUGAAAAAAAGAGGACCAGUGGGCUUCAAGCCGCUCAACACAGUCAUGGAUCUCGAAACGAUCACCAAGAGUAUCGUUUUGUUGCUCAAUCCUGCCGGCGCUCACGCGACAGAAGAGCAAUCGAACGUGAUCAGAGGCCGGUACGAGUUCUACGAGUACAUCUAUCAUACCUGCUUACAACUGCUCCAAAGCAUCAAAGUUAUGAACGAUCACGAAUUGACCGGCUACUUGGAGAUUAACAAAAAAAAUUUGUUCACCAUCGGACAGACCCUGUUCAAGUUCCUAUUACCAAAUUUCGAGGAAACCACAGCUUUGAACGUAAGUGCCAUGGAGUUGGGAUUUGAGUGCUUCAAGGAGUGCUGCGACAUCAUGUGCACAGUCUAUUCUAAGAAACUGCCGCUUUUCCUCGAGUCUUUGUGUGGCGUGAAAGAAUCUCAAGGACUUACUCUACAGUUGAAAAGUAUCAUUACGUCGCUCAAAGAUGUUUUCCUAAAGACACUAGAAAUGGAAGAAACGGAAGAGUUGAAAUUUGUAAAAAUGUCUGUUCUCUUGAUCGAGAUAAUCUCCAAAUUCGUUAAGAAAAUUACGUUCAGUGAUUUAAAGGACGACGAACUGUUUGACUGGCUUCUCGAAAUAGCCAAAACCAAAGAAAACCUCGAUAUGCAGAUAGCUUCCAUCGUCCUGCAGUUGAUCCUCUUGAUCCAAGAGCGAAGCGUAGAGGAAUCCGAAGUACUCCAUGAUUUUUGUUCCGAAUUUGUCUGUGUGUUGGGCAGAAACGACAAGACUGAAGUUACUGCAACGCGAACUUACAAUAUGAUAAACGAAGACAGCGUCAUCGUAGCUUAUAUUGCCACAAAUAAAUUGCUCGCAUCAAAGUUGCAAAAUCUCACCUUUUUACUUGGAAGAUUGAAUGCGGAAUACACAGCAUCGAUUAGUUUUGCAAUAAACAGUGAAUCAGAUCAAACGAGGCUGAAAGAGAAAGAGCGGAAUUUGUGUCGUCAGUUUACAAUGGUACUGAAUGCAUUUGAAAUUCUGGUUAACGCAAAACUCGACCCGGGCCCAGCUACCGAUGCUGUUUUCAAAAACUUGAAAAGCGUUUACAAUCUGGCCUCUUCUUUAGCCAAAUAUUUCCGGAAAAAGUCAACAGCUAAUAAUCCAGCCUUCCAAUCUGUCAAGUUUGCUAGCGUGGUCCAAGGAGCUAGUAGUGCCUUAAAAGAGGCGACAUCAAACUUGAUAACUUAUGUUGAGUCAGUACAAAAAUGUGGAAAAUCUAGUGAUGCACAAGUCCAGCGAAACAAAAUUCUAAAGGAAAUGGCAUUCGUACCUGGAGUCAUGCAAGCCAUGGAUAUGUUUGACAAGGAAAUAGUUUUGCUGUCAAAGAAGACUAAUGUGGAUUUAACGAAAUUCACGAAAUUCAAUGCUGUACGUGACUUCAGAAUCGCAAGCAGUCAGCUUAUGAGAAAUUUAGAAGAAAUGAAUGUCAGUCUAGUAAUAACGCAGACGGCACAUAACAGAGAAAACAGUGGUGGAGAAGAACAAGAAGAGGACGAAGAAGAAGAGGAAGUAGAGGAAGAAGAUAGUGGUGAAAGUCGUCCCAAGAAACGACGCAUUUGAAAAUAUUCCUCUCAAAUUUAAGUUACGAUAUUUUGUUGUAAAAAUGUAUUGUUUACGACUUUUUAAAAAAUGUCCUCAUUAAUUUAUUGUUUCUAACGUCUAGUGUCAUACUAGUAUGUUAUUUAUUGUACGUGUUUUUUUUUUUAUUUGCACAACUCAAUGAUUCUCAUUUUUUGACACAAAUGUGAUAAACCACAGCCUGUAAAUACCUAAGAAGUUAU